UGUUACCUUCACAAUUUUCCAAACAAAGAAAACUAAGUCCUAGACACAAAAUGUCUAAACAAAGAAAAAUGAGUCCUUCUUCAUUCCUAUUGUUCUUCCUCACAAUCAUCUUAUGUUCUUUCAAUCAAUUUGUUGAUGCCAACCAUCUCAUCCAACAAACAUGCAAGAAUUGCUCAAAAAAUGAUCCCAACAUAAGCUACAAAUUUUGUACAACAUCUUUUCAAUCGGACCGUAGGAGCCAAUGUGCCCAAAAUCUUGAAGAAUUAGGUCUCAUAUCUAUAAAGAUAACAAGGCACAAUGUGACAAAUACUUGUGAUUACAUCAAAGAUCUUUUAAAGAAGAAAGAUAAAGAUCCAUUUAUCAAAGAAUGUUUGAAUGAUUGUCUUGAUGUAUAUUCUGAUGCUAUCACAACUUUUAGAGAAGCAAUUAGAGAUUACAAGGCAAAACGUUAUGAAGAUUGUAAUUUUAAGCUAAGUUCUAUUAUUGAUGCCUCAACAACUUGUGAAGAUGGAUUCAAGCAAAAGAAUGAUGUGACUUCACCAUUGACAAAGAGAAACAAAAAUGUUUUUCAACUUUCUGCCAUAGCACUUUCAAUUGUUAACAUGCUCAAUGUGGAUAAAUUAAACGAUGGUACAUUAUGAUUAUUAA